UCUCGUGAAUAGAUAAAGACUUCAAAUGGGGUCCAAGGCAGAAAAGAAGGUAGUCGUUGCGGGCAAAUAUUGCGUCGGCAAAACCGCUCUGGUCACCAGGUUUACAAAGAAUCGAUUCUGUGAGCUAUCACCUUAUCAACCGACGAUAGGUGCAGCCUUUGUGGCUAAGAGAGUGAUUGUUGGUACUAAAUGCGUCAAUCUUGGAAUAUGGGACACUGCGGGCUCUGAACGCUUUGAAUCAGUCAGUACGUUAUACUAUCGGGGAGCUAAAGCAGCAAUUGUUUGCUAUGAUUUAACUGACUCCUCCAGUUUUGAGAAAGCGAAGUUUUACGUCACGGAGAUAGCAAAGCACAAUGAGGAUUGCUGGAUUUACCUGUGUGGAACAAAGCGUGACCUGGUAAACUCGGGUGAGCGAAACAGAGAUGUCCCUUACGACGCAGCAGUGAAUUACUCCCAAAAGGUCAACGCAAAGACAGUGAUGGAGACGUCAAGUAAAACGGGACAGAACGUAGACGAGCUGUUUUUGAGAAUAGCUCAAGACAUACUACAGGAGAUAGCAACAGAUGACACAGUGCCUGCACUCAAGUUAGAAUUCCAAGACCCGUCACGAAGUCCCCAAACAGCACCCUGUAGAUGUAAAACUUGAGCGAAUUUAAGCCGGAUAACACAAACUGACACCCUCAAAACUACUGUCCGGGGAGGGCAAAGUAAUUAUGCUGUACAUCAAAGAGUGCAUGAGGAGUAAAUGGCAUUGAUAGUGUAGCAUGAGCGCUAUGGACUCAAACGGAUACAAGAAAUAUGACCUGUGCACAGCAUUAGCGUAAAAUGAAAUACGGGACUGAACCAUUGACCUAAAGGAGCUGUCAUAGUAGACCGAGUAAUCUUUUGCGACGUAAAAAUCAUGUUACCUUCAAAACAAAGCAGACCUCGAAAGAAACGUUUAUAACGGUCGAGAAACACUAACGCGGUAUGUCAAGACAAACAGGAUCCAAGAUGGUUAAUAUUAGGGAGGUUUAAGGGGAAUUACGUAUAAAGAACACUUUCGCCUGCAAGAGGUUCAUAUUCGUUUUCCUGGAAUCACGGAGAGUGGCCAGAGGAGAAAAACGCAGGCCGAUCCUUGAAGACAUUUUCAAGCAACAUGUAAAUAGCUUAUUCUGGAAGAAGAACGUUGUAAGAUCGAGGAAAUAAAGUAAUGUAAUGAAAGAUUUCAUCACCAAAUAAAAAUAUUAAAAAAUCGUC